CUGAGCUAUAUAGUUCAAGCUUCAUGUACAUACAACUCGCAACUCCAUGGUAUUGAUGAAAUUUAAAUCAAACAUGAAGAUCAAAAGCAAAUUUCCUCACACAAGGACACUCUUAUCACUUACUGUUGUUGCUAUAUGUGUUAUAAAAUCAGUGAGUUGUAGUUCUACUACUGAUGAUAAUGGCAAGUAUUUGAUCGGAGUUGGAAGCUAUGACAUGACCGGACCGGCAGCCGGAGUGGUCAUGAUGGGUUACGCCAACAUGGGCCAAACCACUGCGGGUGUACAUUUCCGGCUAAGGGCAAGGACUUUCAUCGUGGCCGAGAGCUCCCAAGGUCCAAGGUUUGCCUUUGUUAAUCUUGAUGCAGGGAUGGCUUCACAACUCGUCAAUAUUAAAGUGCUCGAGAAACUCAAAUCAAGGUUUGGCGAUUUGUAUACCGAAGAAAAUGUGGCGAUUAGUGGCAUUCACACCCAUGCAGGACCUGGAGGUUAUUUGCAGUAUUUUCUUUACUCUAUAUCAACACUAGGAUUCAUCCAAGAAUCAUUCGACGUCAUUGUCAACGCAAUUGUGCAAAGCAUUGUUCAGGCUCAUCAUAACCUCAAGCCUGGUUCUAUUUAUAUCAACCAAGGGGAUGUGGAAAACGCCGGAAUAAACAGGAGUCCAAGCGCUUAUUUGCUAAACCCAGCAGAGGAGAGAGCACAGUAUCCGACCAACGUUGAUACCCUAAUGACUCUUUUGAAGUUUGUGGAUGGUGCCAGCCAACAGAGCAUUGGAGCAUUCAGCUGGUUUGCCACUCACGGAACCUCCAUGAGCAAAGAGAAUAAGCUCAUCAGUGGAGACAACAAAGGUGCAGCUGCACGGUUCUUCGAGGACCAGUUUGCUACAACUCCCAUCAGAGCACCCUUCAACUCCUCUAGCGAACCAGAUAUUGGUGAGUUAGUAAAGAAGGCGCAGACAAUCAAAGCAACAGGAGGGCAGCGCUGCAGUAAAACGAGCAGCCAAGACUGUAAGGUGAGGAAGAACGACGGGUCACUAUUCGUGGGAGCUUUUUGCCAAUCUAAUGUUGGAGAUGUGACCCCGAAUGUGCUCGGAGCAUUCUGCACUGAUACCGGAAGACCUUGUGACUUCAGUACAUCCUCAUGUAAUGGGAACGACCUGCUUUGCCUCGGCCGGGGACCUGGUUAUCCUGAUGAAAUACUAAGCACCAAAAUUAUAGGGGAAAGACAGUUUAAGAAGGCAGCUGAUCUAUUUACAUCGGCUUCAGAGAAAUUAACCGGGGCUAUUGAUUACCGUCACGUGUACCUAGACUUUACGGAUAUUGAGGUUGAGCUAGAAGGAAACAAGAAGGUGAAAACAUGUCCAGCAGCAGUUGGUGCUGGUUUUGCUGCUGGGACUACAGACGGACCUGGUGUCUCUGGGUUUCAACAAGGUGACACAGAGAUCCCUGAAAAAUAUAGAAAACUUAGGGACGCACUGCAAAAACCUAGCGAAUAUCAAGUGGACUGCCAAGAACCCAAGAAUGUUCUGCUUUCCACCGGUGAAAUGUUUAAACCUUACGCAUGGGCGCCUGCAAUUGUCCCUAUACAAAUGCUCAGAUUGGGGAAACUCAUCAUACUUUCUGUCCCAGGAGAAUUCACCACAAUGGCGGGGAGGCGGCUAAGGGACGCAGUAAAGGAGACAUUGAUAAGUAACAGCAAGGGUGAAUUUGAUGAAAACACCCACAUAGUAAUAGCAGGCCUUACAAAUACUUAUUCCCAAUAUAUAGCAACUUUUGAAGAGUACACACAACAGAGAUAUGAGGCUGCUUCCACUCUCUAUGGUCCUCACACAUUAUCAGCAUACAUCCAAGAAUUUGAGAAACUAGCCAAAGCAAUGGCCAAGGGAGAAAAGGUCAUUUCUAAAGGUCCCUCACCACCAGAUCUUUCCUCUGUACAAGUCGAAGUCUUACUUGGACCUUUUGGAGAUUCGCCUCCACCACAUACAAAGUUUGGAGAUAUGAAACAAGAUAUCAUUAUACCAAAAAGUGGUUCAUUCAGAAAGCGAGAUUUGAAUAGACCAAAUGCCACAUUUUGGAGUGCAAACCCAAACUAUGACUUGUUGACAGAAGGCACAUAUGCUGUGGUAGAGAUGCUUCAAGGGGAUAACUGGGUUCCAGUUUACGAUGAUGAUGAUUUCUCCGUGGUUUUCAAGUGGAAUAGAGAUGAUAAGGGAUUAUAUAGUGCAGCAACCAUAGAAUGGGAAAUACCAAUUUAUGCAAAUUUGGGGGUGUACAGGCUCAGGCAUUUUGGUUCAUCAAGGAAAAAGAAGGACUCCCCCAUCACCUACUUCACUGGUGCAUCUAGUGGGUUUGCAGUGUCGUAA